AUGUCCAAAUCAUCAAAAACAGUUGAUCCAAAUCAAAUAUCACGUGAUCUAUUCACAACAUUGACCAAUCUCCAUCAAGAGAUCUUAAAACAUGAAUCAAACACAAAUAAUAAUCCUAUCGAUCCAAAAAUUCUCUCCUGUAUUGAAUCAGUUUUAACUUCAUUAAAAUCACUUCGUUAUAUCGAAAGUCCAAAAACACUUUCUGAUAUAAUUCAUACUAUAUGGAAAAUAUACAUCACUGAUUUUCUUUCAUUAAUUGAAUAUGUCAAUAUUCUUGUUAGUGAUCAAUUUCAACAAAUAUUUAACUGUGUUAUGAAAGUAUAUGCAACUAUUAAUUUUCAAUCUAUCUUUAGAGAUGAUACACUCUAUGCUCAUGAUAAAUUCUUUCGUAUUUUUGAACUCCUAUCACUUCCAUCGAUUAUAAAUUUUCUUAAAAAUCAAUCUAACAAUGAAAUUAUGUCACAUAUAGCUAAUAUCUUACGUAUGUUAUUACUUCAAAUGCAAAAUAUUGAAGAAGAGAUUUGUUUCAAAAAAGAUGAUUUACUCAAUCAAGAAUCAAUUAUUCAACUUCUAUUUGAAUAUGUAGAUAUGAAUUUAAUUGAGACUAAUAAUGAUAUUCAAUUAACAAUUAUUGAAAUAUUAGAAUUUAUUUGGACAUUAGUCGAUAAUACUAUUUUAAUACCACAAUUACUCAAUACAAAUUGUGUUUCAUUUACACUCAAAUGGAUUAAUAUGUGUGAAUUACCAUUUACUAUACAACGAGCUAGUAUUCGUCUCUUAUAUAAUAUUGCACGACAUGAAAAAGGAUGUAAUGCAUUAAAUGAAGCUGAUGCUCUACGUUUACUAAAAGAAUUCAAACAACGAACUUUAGAUACAACUAUUAAUGACACAAAUUACGAAGAUAUGCGUUUACUUUUUUCUAUGGCAUUAGCAUUAUUAACAGAACCAAAAGAAAGUAAAAGCGAUGCAAAAUCAUUAGGAAAAGUACUCGAUCAACUUAUGCAAAUGACAGUCAAUACGGCACAGAGAAAAAAUCAUAAAUAUGGUGAUUUUGAUAUUAGUGAACCAUUAGUAGUUUUCAUAAAACUUUUCAUCCAUGACGAUAUAUUACAUUAUUGCAUUAAAGAAUCUCAAGUCAAAAAUAUGAAAGUAUCUUCGAAAAUCGUUUUUUUCUGUGAUUUAGUAAUGCAAUUUCGAGGUGCUCUUGCCAAAGAUGAUGAACUCGAUCAAUUAACUUUGACAGCUUUGAUGAAUAUCAUUUGGAGUAUUUCAUUUCAUGACGAAUAUAUUGACGAACUUAAAUCAAAUGCCAAAUUUCUUAUUACUAUCAAAAGUCUUGCCAAUGACGAUGGAGAAGCUUGGGUAGAACAAUAUGUACCAAAACAUAUGUCAUCAGUGAAAAAAGCUGCCGCUGGUAUUUUAUGGAAUCUCGAUGAAAAUAAUCCAGGUUAG